AUGUCUGUUUUAGUGCCUAGUAUUCAGAAAAGCACGACCUUCUUUUGCAAUGUACCUGCUUCUAUAAAGAAUAUGAUUUUAAGUAUUAUGCCAUUUGAAGAAGGAAAGCUUCCUGUUCGUUAUUUAGGUGUCCCAUUAAUUUCUUCUAGACUUCUUUAUAAAGAUUGUAAAGUGCUGAUUGAAAAGAUGGAGAAGAGGAUAAUGGAUUGGAGGAACAAGUACUUAUCGUUUGCAGGAGGGUUACAGUUGAUUAUUUCUAUUUUGUCAUCUAUGUAUACAUAUUGGUCUUCUGUUUUUAUCCUUCCUUCUAGAAUUAUGGCUGAUCUUGAGAAGACUAUGCGGGGAUUCUUAUGGUGCCAAGGGGACGGUAGGGAUACUUUAGCUUGGUAUGAUAAUUGGAGUGAUAUUGGUCCUUUAGCGAAUGUAAUUCAACCGAAAGAUAUUACGAGGGCUGGUCUAUCAUUACAGGCUAAAGUAGCGGAUAUUUUUAAUGAUGGGGAAUGGACUUGGCCUUCUGAUUGGCUCGGUUCUUUCCCUGUUCUUCAUAAUAUUUCAAGCUUUGUCUUACAGGUGCAGAAGAAAGAUGAGCUAAUUUGGAAGGAUACUAAUGGAGAGAAAGCUUUCUCUUCAUCUAUGGUGUGCGAUACCAUUCGUAGCAGAGAACAACCGGUGGAUUGGGUGAAAGCGGUUUGGAAUGCUGUAAAAGGCUAUGCAAGUAUGCAAGCUGUUUCGAACUCUUGGGGUGAUAUUACUAAUUGGAUGAUUGUGCGUUCCAAAUCACGCUCGUUGUCUAAUGUUGUGGGCAGAUUAAUUGUCGCAGCUACUGCCUAUUUCAUUUGGCAUGAGAGGAAUAAUAGAAUGUUUGAAGUAUAA